AUGUCAGUUCCAGAUUGUGUAGGCGCAAGUCACUCUCCAGAGGUUCGCGCACACUUCAAGCUCACUUUGUUGUCGUGGUUAUUUCACAACCACUGCCAUCGAAAUUCGGCAUGCGGUCUGUGUGAGACCAUCAGGACUAACCACAAAGUUGACGUCUUUGUCGACGCGUUUGCCUUUCAGCGUCCAACUCUGAUUCUCAACGUGGACGGUCUGAUCGGCGUGACGAUGGUGGACCUGCUUCGUCACUGUGGAUGUUUCACGCGACAGGAGGCCGACGAGUUCAUCCAAAUCGGCACCCUCAACGGUCUGUUUGUGUUGGCUCGAAGCAUCGGUUUCAUUGGGCACUUCUUGGACCAGCGCCGUCUUCGUCAGGGCCUCUACCGCCACCCCUGGGAGGACAUCACGUACCGCUUGCCCGACCCCACCGAACUUGAAGCGCCGACGACGUCUAACGAUCGCAAAUGA